AGCAACUUUGGCUCAAGCCCUUCAGACCACAUAAGUCGCAUCAACCUACUUGCAGUACUGCACACCUACGUGAUAAGGCGAUUACAUAAUACGCGGUGGCGGAUCGUUCACUUCUUGUUUAACUUGGAUGUAGGGAUGCUCGUCCACAGGAGGCAUUGUUCCGCGUUGUUGGUGGUGAUAUAUCUACGAAGUUUGUCCGUUGCGAUCUCCGUCCAGCUGCGCGUGAACACCGACAUGAUCACCAACAUGAGCACCCCGUCUUAUCCUGCGGAACCCUGGUCCUGGUGUGCCCCCCUGCGGGCACCCCGACGCCCAGCCCGACGCCCAGCCCGACCGUGGCGGCCGGCUCGCCGACGGCUAGCCCGACGCCUAGCCCGACGUUUGACCCGACGGCGGGCGGAACUGGUGCUUAUCCUGCGGAGCCGUAUUGCUACAACGUCAACGGCAUCUGUUUUCUCUGGGCUUCUCCGUGCUCUGGUGUAGUUUGGUGCUCCGAACUCAAUGCCCUUUCUACUUAUGACUGGUUCUGCCCUUGGGGGUUGCGCUACGCCACCCAGUCUGAGUGGGACGCUGCAUACGCCACUCUGGACUCCAACAGAGACACGUUCUUCCAGAAAUGCGCAGCCAGUCAGCUGGACCCGCGGCACGACCACUGCGACUACUACAACACCUUCGUGCGGGAGCCGGACAACUCAUACAACGAGCUGGUCCUGGUGUGCCCCCCUGCGGGCACCGCGACGCCCAGCCCGACGCCCAGCCCGACCGUGGCCCGUAUUGCUACAACGUCAACGGCAUCUGUUUCCUCUGGGCUUCUCCGUGCUCUGGUGUAGUUUGGUGCUCCGAACUCAAUGCCCUUUCUACUUAUGACUGGUUCUGCCCUUGGGGGUUGCGCUACGCCACCCAGUCUGAGUGGGACGCUGCAUACGCCACUCUGGACUCCAACAGAGACACGUUCUUCCAGAAAUGCGCAGCCAGUCAGCUGGACCCGCGGCACGACCACUGCGACUACUACAACACCUUCGUGCGGGAGCCGGACAACUCAUACAACGAGCUGGUCCUGGUGUGCCCCCCUGCGGGCACCGCGACGCCCAGCCCGACGCCCAGCCCGACCGUGGCGCCAGGCUCGGUGACGGCCAGCCCGACGCCCAGCCCGACGGCCGGCCCGCUUCCGUCGGGUGGAACUGGUGGGCCCGGACAGGUGGACCCGUCUGGCAAAGGCGAUCCCCACCUGCAGAACGUCCAUGGUCAGCGGUUCGACUUGAUGAAGCCAGGCCAGCACGUCUUGAUAAAUAUCCCUCGUGGGCAGCGCGCUGACAGAGCAUUGCUUCGCGUGCAGGCCUAUGCGCGCCAACUGGGUGGGUGCGCGGAUAUGUACUUCCAAGAACUGAAUGUUACCGGGUCUUGGGCAGAGUUCCAGCAAGCUGGAGGAUACCGCUACACCGUAUUGGAACCUGCUCCUAAGACAUCGGAAUGGCUUGCCUUUGAACAGGUUGAGCUGAAAGUCGUUCAUGGACAGACGAAGCGUGGCCUCAAGUAUUUGAAUUUCUACGUCAAGCAUUUGAGCCGAACUUCGUUUUCGGUCGGAGGCCUGCUGGGAGAGGACGACCACACGGCAGUGACGAUUCCUACGGCAGAGUGUUCCCGGCGUGUUGCACUCAUUCAGAUGCCAAAGGGAGCGCCAGGUGGCCGCAGCGACUCCUCCGUUGCGGUAGCCAGCCCUUAGGGUGACCCGGGUCGGGGUUCCGCCUUUCUGUGUAACAUCCGCCGCUCUGCGGUUGAUCGGGAGUUUAUGUAUAUAUAGAAGAAGGGGCGCGCGCUUCUGGGCGAGAGGGAAACGACCGAGAGAAGAAGGGGCGGCCGCCCCACAGGACCUCUCCAUGGUGCCGGAAGCCCAUCAGGGCU